UGGCAGUUGAGCGCUUGACAUCGACCGGCGCAGACCAACUCCAGUAUUUAUCUUAAUUGUUCAAGUGAUAAGAACUGUUUUCAAGCGAUUGCACAUUUUUGGGGGAUAGACAAGAAAUCCUGCGAAAAGAAAACGAGUUUUGUACGUGAAGGUCGCCGGAUGGGAUUCAGAGUGUAUUAGGAUUCAUCGUCAGACAGUUAUAAUCGGUUCCCAGUGCGACAACGGCUUCGGAAGUUAUUACGGAAUUCUGUGGAUGAACCACUGAUGCAAGUUCUGUGGAAUAUGGUGUGCUUCCUGAUGUAUUCUUCUAUCUCUGUGACAAGUGCCCACCGGAUAUAAACACUAUCCCAACUGAUACUCAACACGAGUUUGUUAUGUAAAAGUGAUAUCUGUACUCGUGCAUUCAUUGUCAAGGACUAAAAACCGAAGAUCCACGAUGAGUCAUGUCUAGAAGUUUGAGUUUUUUGUUGGAGCAAAAAACCGUUGAGAAUCGAGACAAUUGAGACAGCAGGCUAUCAAGAUGCUGCUCCUCAAAAGUUUCUGCCGUAGGAUAACAAAGGAUUUCCGGAUCAAGGAGCUAUGGUCCCUCAAACUCAUCUUCUUCGUUCAAGCAUCGACGCUGUUCGUACUCUAUCCGUAUCUGACAAUUCACAUGAGGGAAUUGGGAAUAAGUGUCGAGGAAACAGCAAUAAUGAGUGCAGUUACACCCUUUGUAGCAAUCGUAAUGCCGCCAAUCGCUGGUCUAAUAGCCGACAGAAUAGGCAACUUCAAAAUCCUGCUCUCUCUCUUUUCAUCACUUGGCGGUGCUAGUGCCCUGCUAUUACUACUUGUUCCAAUCGGUAGGGCUACGGUCAAAUACCCGGAACAAGUGGUAAUGGAUCUAGGCUGUCCAGGAAGCAAUGGAGACUUGCUCUUCACAAUGAGCCAAAUGAGCCAUCCCUGUGAGCAUCACCACGAGCCCGACAUUAUGAUGAGAAUCCAGAGCUGUGGGUAUCUUUGUCGUGUAGAUCUGGAGGAUGAUAACGAUCUUCAGACAAUGCUGUUCUCGAAGACUUACACUGUCAAGCGUCUGGAUUCAGUAAGAAAUCACACUGAUACUUUUGUUUAUCACAGGCCCAAUGCCGAUCUAGCUCAUGCAUCAGAUGAUCACGAGUACACGAAAGAGCACAGACUGCUGAGAAACAAUGAGCACUACAAAACGUCAAUUCGUCAGCUAUCGCAGAGUGGAUUUUUCUUUCCAACUCAACGACUCUACAAGUUCACCUGUUCGGAAACUCCUGGAGCAAUUGAUUCAUCAAAUUCAACGACUCGCCUCUCAGAAACUGGGGAAAAGUCGUUCAAUCAAACUCGGUGCGAGUUCAAUGAAAUUUUCUCGCAAACUCCAGAGGAACAGAAAGAGGAGUUCCUGACGUUCAAAUCCAGAAUAACGCUCCUAAAUACAUCGAGCAUGGAUGAGUCCGAGAGAAGAAGGAGAUAUUUAGGAGAAGCAAUGACACUAACGAGAGAUAGCCCCGUAAAAUGCGGAAACACCGAUGAGCGAAAUCGCGUGACCAUCACAGUUCCCCUAGUUAAUUGGACGUCAAACGCAGAUCCUUACAAAUCUCUGAUUCUCCAGGAAUGCAGCGAGAGGUGCAUUGUCACUGCACCGAGAAAGGCGUUGUGCUCAAACAUGAACACUGUGAUAGAGUACAACACUCAGCUGACAUUUUGGUUGUACCUGGGAAUAAGAGUCUUCAUGGGAAUAAUCAGUGGGACAGCAUUCGCAAUGUUCGAAGGAGCUGUUAUAGCAAUAGUACGAGAGCAAAAGGCAGAUUACGGCCUCCAGAGAAUAUACGGAAGCAUCGGAGGAAUGAUAUCCUCACCCCUAUCAGGACUAUUAAUCGAUUACGCAAGUCAGGGUAAAGAGUACACAGACUUCAGACCUGCAUUCUAUUUAUACUCAGCCCUGAAGAUAAUCUCGGGUGGACUGAUGCUGAUGAUAAAUCUUGAGUUCAAGUCACCGUCUCCCAAUGUCGUACGCCACGUUAUCACUGUACUUAAGAACGUGGAAAUCAUUGCUCUCCUCGUUGCUGUUUUCAUACUGGGCAUCGCCUGGGGCUACCUAGAGUCCUUCCUAUUCUGGCUGAUACAGGACCUGGGAGGUUCAAGGUCAUUGAUGGGUAUCACCAUAACAGUCGGCGGAAUAGCUGGAAUUCCACUUCUUGUACUGUCCGGACCGAUAAUCAAUAAGAUCGGCCAUGCCAACGUACUCUUCAUUGGUUUUGUGUUUAAUUCCAUCAGACUACUGGGCUAUUCGCUGAUUUACAAUCCCUGGCUCUGCCUCAUCUUCGAGGCUAUGGAAUCCGUGACGUCCUCGCUCGCCUUCACAGCCGCCAUAACAUACGCUGCUAAACUCUCCACCACAGCCACUGAUACGUCGAUCCAAGGUCUCCUAGGCGGUCUUUAUUACGGAGUUGGUAAAGGUGCUGGAAGCUUGAUAGGUGGAUACCUGAUGACCGCCUUUGGUACACGACCGACAUACCAAAUUUUCGCAGUUGUCUGCUUGAUAACCGGAUUAAUUUACUUCUUCUUCAAUCUGUUUUAUCUGAAAAAACGUCCCCAGGUGGAGGGUAACGACAUAGUGAAAAAAAAGCCUAAAGUCCAGGGACAACUAGCAGAUGUAAUAGAUACCACUGAUAAAAAUGAGGCGAAGAUGAUGGAAGCUAUGGAGGGAAUAGAGAACUUAGCGUUCACCGAUGAAUUCCCGAUGGUGAAUCUAAAUGAACCGCCGAGUGCUAAAGCCCUGGAAACAGCCAAUAAUGCUAAGAAUCUCGAUAACAUAGAGAGAAUGCCGGAAGAGAAUAAAUCGAGAGCAAGAACUGUGAAUUCGGUGGAUGGUAAUCGUAAAGUAGGAGUGACGAAUGGGGGUUUCGAGAGGGAGACGAAUGGUGAAGUCAAUGUUGUUGGAGAAAAAGGAGCAUGUGGAGAGGGACAGUAAAUGAGGGGUUGUUAGUCUAUGCAAACGUGCUCAUUCGUCACUCUUCGGUCACUGGAAUCACUCUGGACAGUUAAUGUUACCUCGAACGACUGUACCAUGUACUCAUUUUGUUUCAGUGUAAAAAUUAUUGCAAUUCCGAGGAAUUUUUUGGAAGGAUUUAUAGUUUCUCGUCAAUUUUAUGCUCAUACUUGAGAGGUCCAUUCCAUAAUAUCCGUUUGAGUUUCUAAUGGAUGCUUCAGUGUAUAUAAAUGUUAAUUUACGGUAAAUUUUAACAAAUUGAUUGCAUUAUUUUUAAGAACUCUCUCACCACUCGUGCAUGACUCGUAAUGUUUUUUAAGUGAGAAAAAACCAACAUGAAAUUCAUGUUUAUGCUCUUUAUAUUACCACUCAUCUGUGUUAUCUUAUGCGUACGAUGUAGAAUUGUAAAUUUGUUAAUGCAAUGUAAAUACUGUGAAAUUUAUAACAGUUAUAGGUUUCGGUUACAAUAAAUGAAUUGUUAUGGAG